UGAUCAACGCAGGAUUCACAACGGAACGCUUCUGGCUAGAGCUUUUAAGGAAUUUAUUGUAGACGUCUCAACGAAUCAGCUGCCGCUUUUUGCCAUAGAUUUGCGUUUAUUACAAGGACAGGAGCACAUAAAUUUGUAUGAAUUGAUAAAUAUUUCUUCAAAGAAUAGUUCGGACAGCAACAGUUACAUUACUUGUGAUGGUAAUCUUCAGCUAACAUGACGAACAUUACAUCCAGCAACUCGACUACAGGAGAAGCGGAGACUGUAAAAGCGCUCAAAGCAUUGUGUUACUGUGUAAUCAUGCUCAUGUCGCUGGUUGGAAACACUUUGGUGAUUAUUAUUAUCUGCCGAAACAGCAGAAUGCGGACCAUGACAAACAACCUCAUCGCCAACAUGGCCAUCAGUGAUUUGCUGUUUCCGCUUUUCGCUGUUCCGAAGGAAAUAGCGCAGAUCUUUAUCGGCAAAUCGCGAUGGCUUGUUGUUGGCGUCGGAGGUGAAAUAUUAUGCAAGAUGGUCAAUUUUUCGCAAGACAUCUCCACAGCGGUCUCGAUACUUAGCUUGGUUGUUAUAGCCUUCGAUCGAUUCCACGCAGUGAAAUUUCCGUUCAAACCCGCUGUGAUCACACCCAAAAUUUGCCGCAUGAUAAUUUGCUUCAUCUGGGUUGUUGCAGUAGGCCUCCACUCGCCGUACUUUUACACUUUCAAACUAAAAGUAGUAGGGAACGAUACAUAUUGCAUGAACGUAUGGGAACCGGCCUUUGAGACGGCCUCCACUCAAAAAGUUUACUUUUUGAUUAUUUUCUUGGUGUUAAUAUCUUUUCCCAUUACGGUGAUCACUAUAUUGUACACAGCCAUCGGAAUUGAAGUUUGGAAGCAGAAAGGACCCACGGAAUACUCGCGAGAGCGACAAAGGCGUGAACAAGAAAACAGAAGAGUGUUAAAACAAGUUGUAACAGUGGUCGUUGUAUUCGUCUCGUGUAUCACACCUGUCACGAUAUUUGGCUGCCUUUUCCAUUUCGUCUGGAACUUAACAAUACCGCCUGGAAUAGAUGGGAUCAACUUUCGUUUCUAUGCAACAUUUAUAAUGCAUUCUAACGCAGCUAUCAGCCCUUGUAUAUAUUUCAUCUUCAACAAAAACUAUCGGAGGGGACUUAGCGAAAUAUUCGAAAGCUGCGCGCGAAUUUUUACUGGUCUUGACAAGCCACCAUUGGAGGACGCAAGUUCUACCAAGCCGAGAUACAAUUCCAAGAUUGAAUGCGUUGCAAAGAAAAGGUCGCCUAGAUGUCAAUAUAUCUAACCUAAAAAUUUAAAAGACGUUUUUGAGAUGGGAAUGAGGGCCAUGAAAGUGGCUGCAUGUGAAUUUGAAACCGGUAUUUGCGAGAUCCUUCUCUAGUGCUCCUUCCAUUGUCAUCUAACUAAAUAGCUCCCUAAAGACCAUAUCCGUUUGCACUCCAUAGUGUCUACUUGAUCAUUUAAUAGAGAAAGGCCCAUUAACUCAAAUUCAUGGUAAGCUAUAAAUCGCGAAGACUUGAAACGCUUAUUGUACUCGCAUAAAAUGCUAACAACUUGGUUCCGACGAAAAAAAGAGAAAAAAAUAGUUAGUAAUCCGAUCUCUUGCAGACACGGAUAAUUUUUAAUCUACGAGGAAUAUUUUCAUCUUGAGCGCAUUUGUGAUUCGAAGGUUUGUAUCGAUGUAAUGAGCAGCCUUUAAAAUGAAACGCUAUUUAACCUCGACAGCACUUGUUCAAGUCAGGAACUGUAAUUUAUUCAUGCUAACUAAAUUUUGCUUCAUUAAGAGACCCCAAUCUUACUUCAAUUUAGUAAUAAGCGCAAGCCGCCGUUCAUAAGUAGUAAUAAACUCAUUCCUUUUUAAUGGACUAAAGAGUUACGGCGCAAUAGUGAUGUUGACAGAAAAGAAAGAAAACAGUGGAAAAUACUAAUUUACCGAG